AGGUGAAUCAGAACAGUGCACUCAGAGCCAGGUUGCAAGAAUGCUGCAUGCUCCUCAGGGAUUGGCUCUGGCCAAGUGCCCCAGCCUCCUUUUCUGGAGAAUUCUGUUUUUGACUUGGGCCCCAUGUCCAGUUCUGCCCUGACUUGUGGGUCCACCUUGGAAAAGUCAGGAGACACCUGGGAAAUGAAGGCACUAGACUCUUCCAGACUCGUGCCAUGGCCACCCAGAGGCCUUGGGUCAUCCACCCAACAUCCCAACAAACCCCACUGUGCACUGGCAUCAUGCCAGGGUCCAGGUGUUCUGCCAGGAGCAGCCUCUGCCCUCCCAGAGCUGACAUUUCAGGGGGAUGUGCGUCAAAGUGAGACCUGUCAGAGAUAUUUACAAACAGCCAUCUCUCUUGACAUCGCUGUACCCCAAAUAAAUCUUCUGGGAAGACCCUCUUCACCUCCAGCUCUCCUGAUACAGCAACACAGUUGUGAGCAAGUUAUUCAUAACUCUACACCUCAAUUUCUUGGUAUGGAAGAUGGGGAUAAUGAGAAGACCACAGGAUGACUGUGGAGACUGCAUGAGGAUAUAGAUGCUGAGCCCAGUAGCACAGGGUGCAGCCAUUCAAACCAACUGACAUUUAUUGAGGGCUGCUUUGUCAGGUCCCUCUCUACAGUAUACUCCAACACACACAUACACACACAGCUGUAAUCAAUAAUAAUUCUGCAACAUC